UAUUACUUGGAAAGAGAAGUUUUCUGUUGAUUCACCACCACAAACAAAAUUUCCAAUGGCGGUGUCCCUAAACCAUCCAAUCCUUCCUAAUUUGUAUUGCGAUGAAGCAGCAAAUGAUGUUGUCUCCUGGGAAGCCGAUGAAGUUAAUGAAAGAGAUGAACUUGUUACUACUUUUUCAUCUUUAGAUUCAAACCAUAGUUUCGUCGACUAUGGCAAUGAUUCUUUAAGUAAUUUGUUUGAUUCCGAGGUCGGAAUGCUGGAAUCCAAGGUUCUUUCAUCAAGGUUCCAUGAUCUUCCUAAUGAUAUUGUUAGAGCUCGUCAAGAAGCAAUCCAAUGGAUGUUAAAGGUUCACUGUUUCUACAGGUUUAGGCCUGAAACUGCAUAUCUUUCCAUCAACUACAUGGAUAGAUUCCUUUCGGCUCGAGCUUUACCGCAAGGGAAAGGUUGGCCAAUGCAGCUUUUAUCAGUAUCAUGCUUUUCUCUAGCAGCAAAGAUGGAGGAAACAAGCGUUCCCUUUCUGCUAGACUUGCAAAUAAUAAAACCUAGAUUCUUGUUUAAGCCCAAAACAGUCCAAAGAAUGGAGCUUGUAGUGAUGAAAACUCUGAAAUGGCGAUUGCGAACCAUUACUCCUUUCGAUUUUGUACAUUGUUUCAUCGCAAAGGUUUCAAAGACCCAACGACAAAACAGCCUUUGUAACCUAUUUUCUUCCGCCUCUGAUCUCAUUAUCAAUACAUGUAAAGCCAUUGAUUCCUUGAAUUAUCCUCCAUCAGCAAUUGCUGCAGCUGUAGCACUAUGGCUCACUAAUCACAGUGUUGAUGAUCAGGCAUUGGGGAGCUUACAUAAUAGACUGAACCAAAUAAAUUACACGGAAAAGGUGAAGAAGAUUUACAAGGUGAUUGAAGGAAAAAGGUGUAGUUUCGAGGUAAUGCCAGAAAGUCCCACUGGUGUGCUUGAGGCUGCUCUCCAAUGA